AGAGGCCGGCGCGGAGGGCCCGGGCGCUCGGCCUUCCGCGGCCAUCGAUGCUCCGGGGAUCGUGGCGUCGGGCCUGGCGGGCUCCGCCGUAGAGACGCGGACGCGGCGGCCGGAGCGGAGGGCCGCGCAGCGGGCGGGGGUGGCCGCGGACCGCCCGGGCAGAAUGUCACGAUGGAGGAGGGGGGCACGCCCCUGCUCCCCGACUGCCUCAUCUACCAGAUAUUCCUGAACUUGGGCCCCGCCGACGUGCUAGCUGCCGGGCUGGUGUGCCGCCAAUGGCAGGCUGUGUCUAGGGAUGAGUUCCUGUGGAGAGAGCAGUUCUACCGCUACUACCAGGUGGCCAGAGAUGUGCCCCGACACCCAGCGGCCACGUCCUGGUAUGAGGAGUUCCGGCGGCUCUAUGACAUGGUGCCCUGUGUGGAGGUGCAGACGCUGAGGGAGCACUCCGACCAGGUCCUGCACCUCAGCUUCUCCCACUCGGGCUACCAGUUUGCUUCCUGCUCCAAGGACUGCACUGUGAAGAUCUGGAACAACGACCUGAACAUCUCGCUGCUGCACAGCGCGGACAUGCGGCCCUACAACUGGAGCUACACCCAGUUCUCCCAGUUCAACCAGGAUGACUCGCUGCUGCUGGCCUCUGGGGUGUUCCUGGGGCCGCACAACUCCUCAUCCGGCGAGAUUGCUGUCAUCAGCCUAGACUCCUUCGCGUUGCUGUCCCGGGUGCGCAACAAGCCCUACGACGUGUUUGGCUGCUGGCUCACGGAAACCAGCCUCAUCUCCGGGAACCUGCACCGCAUCGGGGACAUCACCUCCUGCUCGGUGCUGUGGCUGAACCACGCCUUCCAGGACGUGGAGUCGGAGAACGUCAACGUGGUGAAGCGGCUCUUCAAGAUCCAGAACCUCAACGCCAGCACCAUCCGCACAGUGAUGGUGGCCGACUGCAGCAGGUUCGACAGCCCGGACCUCCUGCUGGACGCUGGGGACCCUGCUGCGCCCCCCUGCUGCCGCGUCUUUGACCUGGGCAGCGACAGUGAGGACGAGGUGGCUGGCCGGGCCCCUGCCCACACCAAGGAGGGCUUGCAGCGAUUCCUGGACCGUAUGUUGGACGGGCGCACGCAGCCGCAGCUAUCGGAGCGCGUGCUGGAGACCAGAGUGGCUAAGCUGCUGGCCCAGGGCCACACCAAGCCGCCUGAGCGCGGCGCCGCCAGCACCAAGAACAAGUACCUCAUCUUCACCACAGGCUGCCUCACCUACUCCCCACAUCAGAUCGGCAUCAAGCAGAUCCUGCCGCACCAGAUGACCACGGCCGGGCCUGUGCUGGGCGAGGGGCGGGGCUCUGACGCCUUCUUUGAUGCACUGGACCACGUCAUCGACGUGCACGGCCACAUCAUCGGCAUGGGCCUGUCGCCCGACAACAGGUACCUGUACGUGAACAGCCGCGCCUGGCCCAGUGGUGCAGUGGUGGCCGACCCCAUGCAGCCACCACCCAUCGCGGAGGAGAUCGACCUGCUGGUGUUUGACCUCAAGACCAUGCGGGAGGUGAGGCGGGCCCUGCGAGCACACCGCGCCUACACGCCCAACGACGAGUGCUUCUUCAUCUUCCUUGACGUCAGCAGGGACUUCGUGGCCAGCGGGGCUGAGGACCGGCAUGGCUACAUCUGGGACCGCCACUACAACAUCUGCCUGGCCAAGCUGCGGCACGAGGACGUGGUCAACUCGGUGGCCUUCAGUCCCCAGGAGCAGGAGCUCCUGCUGACGGCCAGCGACGAUGCCACCAUCAAAGCCUGGCGCUCACCACGCACCGUGCGGAUACUCCAGGCCCCGCGCCCACGCCCCCGCCCUUUCUUCUCCUGGUUUGCCAGCCAGAGGCGCUGAGGGGCACACAGGCCCACCGAGGACACCAGCAAGGCCUGUGGUUCCGUCCCGAGUGGGGGCAGAGAAGCUCAGCUCGUAGCUGUUAACGCCUUAGAAAGGGGACGGCCGGACCCCAACACGCUCUCGCAAGCGAACCCACCCACGUAGCCGUGACACUUAGCACUAGGGUGGCCGGUGUGGGCCAUGCCAAAGACCUGGUAUCGGCCCGCUGGCCUGCCCGGGCUGCACAGACACUGGAGGCCCCGCUCCUCACCCGCCCCUCCUCUGCGCGGGAGAUUAUUGGUUGCCACAGCGGUGCUGAGCUGGCCCUGCCCAGGGCAUUUGGGACAGUCAGCCCGACACGACACGCACUCAGCCAGUCCUGCAGGGCCCCGGCCGGCAGGGGACUCCCGUCUCUGGCGCCUUGGUGUGUGCACCUGUGGUGCCCGGGUUGGCCUGCCGUGGGCCUGAGUGUGCUGCAUGUCCACCUGCCACCUGUUUGGGGCCCUGAAUAAACAGUUGGCCACAGCA